AUGUCGGCAUUCACACAAAAUGAUGAUGGUAAACCGAAAAUGAGAUACAGGCAGUUAGGGAGCAGUGGUGUAAGAGUCAGUGAACUGUGCAUGGGUGCUAUGACAUUUACUCUUAGUGGCAAAGGUGUUUGGGGUUUGCCGGCGACGGACGAAAAGACAAGCCACGCCAUUUUAGAUCGUUUUAUUGAAUUGGGAGGUAAUUUCAUUGAUACUGCUAAUGCCUAUGUGGAAUCUGAAGAUGUUAUUGGUACAUGGUUGGCUAAAAAGCCAGCUGAAUUUCGACAAUCAAUUAUCAUUGCGACGAAAUUUUGCGGUGCGAUUGGUAAUUGUGGUCCGAAUGAUCGUGGUGCAAGUCGAAAACAUAUAAUGGAUUCCGUUGAAACAAGUUUGAAAAAAUUACAGACAAAGUACAUUGAUUUAUAUCAAAUUCAUAUGCCAGAUAAAACCACAACGAUACGAGAGACACUUCAUGCACUCAACGAUCUUAUUCGUCAAGGAAAAGUUCAUUACAUUGGUUGCUCAAAUUUCAACAGUUGGCAAAUACAAAAAGCUGCCGAUAUUGCCAAUAGCGAACAUCUCAACGGAUUCAUUACACUUCAACAACAAUAUUCUCUAUUAUGCCGUAAUUUAGAAUGGGACCAAUUGGAUGUGUGUCAAAAUGAAGGUUUAGGUAUUCUUCCAUGGUCACCAUUAGCAGGUGGAUGGCUAUCUGGAAAAUUUAACCGAUCAAAUCAAAAACCAGACGCUGAUAGUCGUGUUGAAUGGGCGGAGAAGAUCGGUUGGACAGAAACAUCGUGGUCGACAAAGGAUGUUGAUCAAACAUGGAAUAUUAUAGAUGAAUUGCGAGCUAUAUCGAAAGAGCUAAAUGUUAGCGUGGCAGCCGUAGCUCUACGAUGGUUAGUUCAACGACCUGGUGUAACAUCGACCAUCAUAGGUGCAAAAACACUUGAUCAGUUGAAUGAUAAUAUGCAAUGUGUCACAUUUCAGUUGAGUGAUGAACAAAUGGCUCGAUUAACAAAAGCAUCAGACACACCGCUGCCAUAUCCGUUCAAUAUAAUCGCCAAGUUCGGUGUGAAGUGA